AUUGAUGGGAUAUUUUACAUUAUUGAUCCUGGGUUUUGCAAAGCAAAAUGUUUAUAACCCAAAACAAGGACUUGAUUCAUUGGUGAUAACUCCGAUAUCACAAGCUUCAGCCAAACAAAGAACUGGACGUGCAGGGCGCAAAUGCUAUCGCCUAUAUACCGAGAGCGCAUAUAGGAAUGAGAUGCCUCCCACUACGAUUCCUGAGAUUCAAAGGAUAAAUCUUGCAAUGACUACUCUCAACAUGAAAGCUAUGGGAAUAAAUGAUCUUCUGUCCUUUGAUUUUAUGGAUCCACCAUCAUCCCAAGCUAUUAUUUCAGCAAUGGAACAGCUCUAUAGUCUUGGAGCAUUGGAUGAAGAGGGCCUUUUAACCAAAUUGGGGAGGAAAAUGGCAGAAUUUCCCUUGGAUCCGCCAUUGUCUAAGAUGUUACUUGCCAGUGUGGACCUUGGAUGUAGUGAUGAGAUAUUGACGAUAAUUUCCAUGAUUCAGACUGGCAAUAUUUUUUACAGGCCUAGGGAAAAGCAUGCCCAAGCAAAUCGGGCAAAGUUUUUCCAGCCUGAAGGUGACCAUUUCACACUGCUUGCUGUUUAUGAGGCUUGGAAAGCCAAGAAAUUUUCGGAACCAUGG